UUGAGCAUCCAAAACACACGGGGGAGGUGCAAGACCAGAGUAGCACCGGACCCACACGGAACACCAUCACGCUCACCGGUCCUCCGUCAUAUCUCCUCCCCGCGCAGCAGCGCCUCAACCUCGGCGAGAGGGAUCGAUCUCUGCUAUCUGUCCAUGUGAAGGCCCCCCCCCCCUUUCACUGAUGAUGUGUGUGCCGCGACCUCCAGCACCGCCCCCGUCUCCACCUGCCAUGGUCACAUGAUGCACCCCUGAGUGGCUUUGCUCUCCCACCCCCAGACUCGUGGAAGCGCUCGUUUUGCCAUGACGGCGGCCGUGCGAUUCCGCCGCCACUUACGGCGGCUGCUCCUCCUGCUGGCCUCCUGCUGUCUCCUCUCCUUGCUCCUCUCUGCCUACUUCCUCUUCUCCAACUCCACCCCUUCCAUGCAAAUAGGACAAUCCUCAGAGCCCGCCUGCUCCCAGCUCCUCUCCAUGUCCCCGUAUCGCCAACUCCCGUACCCGUACCCUCCUAAUCCGCCUCACACGCAUGUCCACACUGACUCGGCGGUGCUGGUGCUUGUGGAGUCCCAGUACUCUCAGCUGGGUCAGGACAUUGUGGCUAUAUUGGAGUCAGCGCACUUCAAGUUCCGCAUGGAAAUAGCGUCAGGGAAGGGUGACCUCCCGCCUUUGACGGACAAGGGCCGCGGACGAUAUUCACUCAUCAUUUAUGAGAAUCUCCUCAAGUAUGCACACGCAGACACAUGGAACAGACAGCUGCUACAUCAGUACUGCACCGAGUUCAGGGUGGGCAUCAUCGGCUUCUACCGCUCCACCGAGACCUCGCCACCUCUGCUCAAGCUCAGAAACUUCCCGCUCGUGCUCAGGACCAAUCGGGCCCUUUGGGACUGCUGCGUGGUGUCCAGCUCUCCCAUCCUCCACCUAACCAAGCCCGGCACGGACCGAGGGCCCUUACCCGGUGAGGACUGGACUUCGUUUUCCUCCAAUCACUCCACCUACCAAGCUGUGCUGCAUGCCCGGGCCAAGGAUGGAGCAGGGGUGGGCAGCGGUGACAAUCCAGGGCCGGGCUUCAGCCUGGGUCUCCAGGCCACUGUAGUGCAGGACAUGGGGUUCUAUGACGGGGUGAGGAGGGUCUUCUUUGGCCAGGGACUGAACUAUUGGCUCCACAGACUCAUCUUAGUGGACGCCAUCUCUUACCUCACUGACAGGAAGCUGACUUUGGGUCUGGACCGGCAUAUCCUGGUGGAUAUCGAUGACAUUUUUGUGGGAAAGGAAGGCACCCGUAUGAACGUCAAGGAUGUGAAGGCGCUUCUGGAUACUCAAAGACAGUUGCGUGCUCACAUCUCCAACUUUACCUUCAACCUGGGCUUUUCUGGCAAGUUCUAUCACACAGGUACCGUGGAGGAGGAUGAGGGAGACGAUUUACUGCUGAAGUACGUGCAUGAGUUCUGGUGGUUCCCCCACAUGUGGAGCCACAUGCAGCCUCACCUCUUCCACAACGAGUCCUCGCUGCUGGAGCAGAUGGUGCUCAACAAGGAGUUUGCGUUGCAACAUGACAUUCCAGUGAACAUGGGUUACGCCGUGGCCCCCCACCACUCGGGGGUCUACCCGGUCCAUCUGCAGCUUUACGAGGCUUGGAGGCGCGUGUGGAACAUCCAGGUGACCAGCACGGAGGAAUAUCCCCACCUCAAGCCUGCCCGUUACCGCAAAGGUUUCAUCCACAGUAACAUCAUGGUGCUACCUCGUCAAACGUGUGGCUUGUUCACUCACACCAUCUACUACAAGGAAUAUCCCGGUGGGCCGAAAGAACUGGACAAAAGCAUACGAGGAGGAGAGUUGUUUCUUACUGUACUUCUCAACCCUAUCAGUAUAUUCAUGACCCAUCUCUCCAACUACGGCAAUGAUCGUCUCGGUCUCUACACGUUUGUCCACGUGGCCUCCUUUCUUCGCUCGUGGACAAACCUAAGGCUCCAUACGCUUCCUCCUCCUCAGCUCGCGCACAAGUACUUCCAGUUGUUCCCUGAACAGAGGGACCCACAAUGGCAGAACCCAUGCGAUGACAAACGACACAAAGAUAUCUGGUCUAAAGAGAAGACCUGUGACAGAUUACCCAAAUUCUUGGUGAUAGGACCACAGAAAACAGGGACGACAGCACUUUAUCUCUUCCUCCUAAUGCAUCCAUCCAUCUCAAGCAACUUCCCCAGUCUAAAGACUUACGAGGAGGUCCAGUUCUUCAACACCAACAACUACCAUAAAGGGAUUGACUGGUACAUGGAGUUUUUUCCUGUACCCUCCAACGUUAGCACGGACUUCCUGUUUGAGAAAAGUGCCAACUACUUCCCCUCAGAGGAGUCCCCACGGCGUAUCGCAGCCCUGCUGCCCAAGGCCAAGAUCAUCACCCUGCUCAUCAAUCCCUCGGAUAGAGCCUACAGCUGGUACCAGCAUCAGAGAGCUCACGAGGACCAUGCAGCGCUUAGCUUCACCUUCUACGAUGUCAUCAGUGCCAGAGCGGGGGCGCCGGCCGAACUGCAUUCCCUGCAGAACCGCUGUUUGAACCCAGGCCUGUAUGCCACACACCUUGGGAGGUGGCUCACGCACUACCCUGCUAACCAGGUGAUGAUCAUAGAUGGUCAUCAACUGAGAGCAGACCCUGCCGCUGUCAUGGAUGAAGUCCAGAGGUUUCUGGGAGUCACUCCUCAUUUCAACUACUCACAGGCUCUCACGUUUGACCCUCAAAAAGGUUUUUGGUGCCAGCUCCUUGAGGGAGGAAAGACAAAGUGCUUGGGAAGGAGCAAAGGGCGAAAGUAUCCUCCUAUGGAACCAGAGGCUCGGGCAUAUCUGUCCAGGUUCUACAGGGAACACAACGUGGAGCUGUCAAAGUUGUUGCAUCGCCUCGGACAACCUCUUCCAUCUUGGCUGAGAGAGGAGCUGCAGAAGGUAAGAUAACCUUUGCAUCCGUGAGCCGUGGUUAAAGGCCAAAGCUGUAACGGCACGGAGCAAGCCUGGAGCACCCGACCCUCAGACGCACUCUCCAGCAAACCCCGAGGGCAAAGCGAGGAACGCGUAGCCUUGUUUCACACCUCUGAAGGGCAAAGAAAGUGAUGGGAGGACAAAGAAACUGGAACACUGGAAGGGAUGAAUGGUUGGAGCAGCUCGGAAAUCACUGAGGACAAAGAGGAGUUCGUCAAAGUUGAACUCUCACGCAGACCUGCAGUAACUUUGAAGGUUUUGUGCGACUUUCACCUUUAAUUUAUCACACCACAACAGCGCUGGUCAGCUGUGUGAAUCCCAUCAUGUGCACUACUUCCUUGAAGCUAAAAAGAAAAAGAGAAAACAUGAUUCCCUUUAGUUUCUUGUGUUGUUCUUGCCACAGUGAGAAUGAGAACAAUGUGCACCGUCUCAGGGUGUGUGGCAGCCUGUUGUUUGAUUUCUAUGACUUUGUUUGUUCAGAGCGAAAGUAGCUGCUGGUUGAUCUGGCAGCCCCGUUCAGCUCAGAGAUGUCACCCCAGGCUGUCUCCAGAAGAAAACAGGUGGGAAGGCAUUGGUGAGGCAAGGAGCCUGUGUAUUAUUUUCCAGCAUGAAGGAGAAGAAUGCCACAUCCAAUUCACAAUGUUGAUGGCAUUAAUGCUGAAGACAGCAGCAAAGACAACCAACCAAAACGAGUGGAUGUAACACGUAGAAUGUGAUGCCAGGCUGCCCCCCCCCCCCCCCAUUUUGUCGCUGUAUCAGCCUUCCUUUUCCUGUUUUGCUUAAUGACACCACUUUUAAGUUGUUUCACUUCAGUUUUAUGACAACAGUCUUGAAAUGUCAAAAAGAGAAACCAAAAUUAAAAGAAAUGCAUCUGCCGGAACUCAUGUGGGCUUCCUUGCUAUCAUAGAUUUGCAGCAUGAAGUUACCAUACCCACAAAUAAAACAGACUCAAGUAGUUCAAACUGCAGUAAAAGUUGGGUUGUUUUUAUCACUGCUGCUAAUGCUUUUGUUUAAUCAUAAAAUAUGAACUUUCUGUGAGAAGCCUUGAAUAAAAUGAAAGAAGCUGAGAAGGCUUUAAAGACAAAGCAGGAAUAACAAGACAAGGGGGCCAUGAAAAAGUCAUUUGUUGUGAGUGUGAGAGAGAGAGAGAGAGAGAGAGAGAGAGAGAGAGACAGAGAGAUACCCAGCUUGAUAUAACCUUUCAAUGUAUAUACUGUAUACACGCGUUGGACACAAGAUUAGGUACACUUACACAAUCUAUAGUCCAAGAGCUGUAUCACAAAUUCUGCCUUUACAAGCAUAAUAGUGCUCAGUUUUAAUUGACAGUCUCCGAGAGGUUUUGAUUUGUUGUUAUUCAGCGGUAUAAGGUACAACAACCCUGUACGAGUCAAAGUACACUCUUUUGGUACGUGUCCCUAAUGAAAUGGCUGUUGAGUGUAUAUAAUCAAGAACAUUACAUUAAAAAAAAAACAAAAAAAAAAUACUGUCGAUUAGAAAGGCAUAAAAGCCUAUAGAAUAAAGGAAAUAUUAAUUGCCAGGCUUAAAAUGCAUAUAUCAUUAUAAAGUAUUAAAUUACCGAUCUAUUAUAUACAGCAAUAAAAGUUUGAAGAAUGACACUUCUAAAAAUGAGAUUGAUAUUGUUGUACCAAACCAAAUGAUGAGCACAUUUCUCGUAGUGUGACUAAUGAUAUUACCUCCAAAAAUAAAUAAAUACAUAUCUAUACAUAAUAUUUGGUUGGUGGUUGGUGCAGAUAUCAUUGCAGAAGUACCUUCUUGGUCUCGGAAUGUUUCAUUCCCUGACCAGUACCAGUGCAUUUUGUUUGUUCAAUGGGUAUGUUCUGGCUCUACGUGUAACAAGAAAGCAUAACAAUUUCAAAAAAGUUGUGAUCACAGAUCAUUAAUAUUAUUUUCAUUUUGAUGAAAUGUUUUACACACUGAAGCAAGGGUUGCCAACAUGGAGCCCGCGGCCGUGCAGGUAACCCCGAAGGACCACAUGAAGAGCCUGCAGGCCUCUUCUAAAAUAGCUCACCUGU